CUCUCUUCUCCGCCAUGCUUUGAUCGUCCGCUUGCAACUCCCCAAGAUCCCUCGCUGCCCUGUUAUUGAACCUACUGCAUCCACCGUAUCCGUUUGAACCCGUGGUUGUGACUUGCGCCCAGCUGCCCAACAUCGCUGCACCCAAAGCUCCUCGAGGCACGAAUUUCCCGGAGUCGUCGCGUGCAACCGCGACCCGUGCGGCAGCAUGCAGCUCACCGAGAAUGAGGCAAACGAGGUCAAGAUGUGGGUGGUGAAGAAGCUCGAAGACAUAUCCGACGCCGACUCCGACGUCCUGGCCGACUACGUCCUGGCGCUGAUCAGAACCGAUGCUCCGGACGACGAGAUCCGCAAGGCGUCCGUGGAGAAUCUGGAGGACUUUCUGAGAGAACACACCAACGAGUUCGUCGACGAGCUCUUCGAUACCUUCGCGUCCAAACCGCCAGCGCCUGCCGCCCCGACCUUCGCGCAGGGCCAGUCAACCGACGGUCCCGCGUCCGGAGCUCCCUCCCAGCCACCGCACCCUUUCUCGUCCCCGGCCGGACAGCCCAAAGGCCCAUAUGGCGCCCCCAUGGGCGGCAUCCCGCAGUCGCAACUUGAGAACCCCAACUUCAACCGCAAACGUAGCUACCACGAAGGAUUCCAGGCGGAGCAGGAGCGCGACGAUGCUCCCCACAACCGCGCAUUCAAGACCCCCCGUCGGGGACGCGGCGGCGGCAGAGGUGACUGGAUGGGCAGGGACGGCCGUGCAGGUCCCGGGGUACCGCCUCAGUUUCACCAUCCAGGUGCGUUCCAGGUCAUGCCGCCGGCGUUCCCGGGCUUCGACCAGAACGAUCCCAUGGCCGCGAUGAUGGCGCUGCAGAGCAUGGGCUUCCCGCAGAUGCCCGGGAUGCCGCCCAUGCCGAUGCCGCCUCAGGGUGGCGGUCCCGGUCCAUCGCCGGAGCAGAUGGGCCCGAAGAGCUCGGAGCGCUGUCCGUUUUACGAGACCCAGGGCAUCUGCUAUCUCGGCGCGACGUGUCCGUACCAGCAUGAUGCUGUCCCGGGUGGUCAGGAGGAUGAAUACGAUCCAGCUUCCUCGAACCUUGUUACCGACUUUCAACGACGCACGGAUCCGCCCAUGCGGGGUGGUGAGAGAGGGCGUGGUCGUGGUCGCGGGGGAGAGAGAGGCGGGUUCGGCGGCCGGGGACGUCGGUCUGAGUUCUCUGCGGCUGGGCCUAACGACGAUGCCUCGAUUGUGACGAUCGUGGUGGAGCAGAUCCCCGACGACAAGCUGGAUGAAGCCAACGUGCGGGAGUUCUUCUCCCAGUACGGCGAAAUUGUCGACAUCUCUCUGCAGCUCCACCGACGCCUCGCGCUGAUCACCUUCGCCGACCACGCCGCCGCCAAGCGCGCAUGGUCAAGCCCCAAGGUGAUCUUCGACAACCGCUUCGUCAAAGUCUACUGGCACAAGCCCCGAAACGACCGCAACGGGGAGCAACGCCCCGCAGGCGACGGCUCCGAGGGCCCGUCCUUCGACCGCGAAGAGUUCGAGCGCCAGCAGGAAGAAGCCCAGAAAGUGCACGAGGAGAAGCUGAAAAAGCGCAAGGAAACCGAAGAAGCCAAGCAAGCGCUUGAGCGCCAGCGCGAGGAGCUCCUCAAGAAGCAGCAAGAAGAGAAACAGCGGCUUCUGCAGCGCCUUGGCGGACAGGACAGCAGCAACGGGACCUCUGCCGCCGCCGCUAGAGAUGACGACGGCCAGACCCAGGAAGACGUCAGCGACCAGACUCGGAAACUUCGCGCGCAGCUCGCCGCCCUCGAAGCCGAAGCCCAAAGCCUGGGUAUUGAUCCUACGGCCUCCCCGUACUCGUACCGUGGCCGUGGCAGGGGAUUCGGGCGCGGGAGCUUCGCACCGCGUGGACGCGGAGGGUAUGACCCGUCGUACCGCGGUGGAUAUCGUGGGCGUGGUGGAGGUAUUGCGCGUGGUCGUGGUGGUGUUCUUCGUCUUGAUAACCGGCCCAGACGGGUGGCUGUCUCGGGGGUGGAGUUUACCCCGGAGAAGGACGAGGCGCUGCGACAGUUUUUGAUUGGCGUCGGCGAAUACGAAUCCAUCGAGCCCAGCGCCGAACAACCCGACUCCCUCGUCAUCGCAUUCAAGGAGCGCUACCUCGCGGAGAAAUUCAUGUUCGGCACGCGAGACAUCCCCUCCGUCGGCCAGGUGCAGCUCACCUGGGUGGCCAACCCGCCCAUCAGCCUGGGGUCGACUUCUGGCUCUGUCCCGUCGGACAUGAAGACGGCUUCGGAUGAGGACACGGUCAUGGAUAUUGGGGCUGAGGGGGGGAGGAAAGAUGGUGGUGUGGGGGCGGGGCAGGGACAGGGGCAUGCGGAUGUGGAUUAUGAUGUGGCGGAGGUGGAUGAUAGUUGGGGGGUGGAGUGA